UUUCCCAGGCUCAUCCAGGUGUUAGCCUCAGGCCUGUUCACGCUGCUGCCAGCUUCAGUUGAGGAGGAUGCAGGUUUGAUGUGAACAGACACUAAAGGCGUUUGUCACGCUCAGUUAAAUGAAGAACAAAACACAGGUCACUUGUUUGUUUUAGGUUCUAACACCUUCGGGCUCAGCAUUAGAUUAGAUUUCUUUAUUUAUCCACACAAUGGGGAAAUUCACUUGUUACAGCAGUGAUAGAAAAACAGAAUUAAAGUAACAGUGUCGAAGCACUGUAAAAAAAAAAUACACUUCUAAAACUACACAUAAUAGGAGUAUGAAACAAACAACCUGCAAAAACAGACACUGUACAAAAAGCAGGUGCUGGGGAUAAAGUGGAAUGAUGUUAAGUGUUAUUGUAAUGAAAAUAGAAAAAUAUGAAACAGUAGUGACCAUGAUACAGAAAAUAAUUAAAAAUAAUUAGAAAGUAAGUGACCAUAAUAUAAAUAAUACUACAAGAUAGCAUACUGGAAAAUACGUGGAAAGAGGAAGGAAGUUGGUGUGUUUAACAGUUUACAUUUAUCUUUCUCUUAAAUGAAUCUGUCUUUAUCUCAGACUCGUCUGUGUUGGAGGUAGACAUGUCUGUGAUGUGACUGAGUUUCAUCUUGUGAACAUUAUUUAUCUGUGGAGGUUUUUAUUGUUGGUUAGGGUUAGUGGUGGUCGUGCUGGUUCCAGUGCUGGUCUGGACUCUGUGGACGAGGAUGAAGAAAACUCUGAGCUUGAAAUCAGAAGUGAAUGAAGCUGUGGAGAUGAUAGAGUCACACAACUGUCCUGAGUAUGACGACAUCGCUGCUGCAGCACAGACAGAAGACACAGAGGAGCAGGAAGACCUGGUGUGAAGCCUCAGGUCAGAGCCACUGGGACAAACACAACCAAGAUGGACGACUUCAGAGACAUUCAGAAGUCACUCUUUAUUGAUUAUUGAAUAAUUAUAAAGAUAGUUGGAGUUUCACAGCAUCGUUCUAACCACUGCUGACUUUUGUCUCACGCAGCUUUGGUAGCUGUCAGGGUUCGACUCCCGGCUCAGAGCGGCCGGUCGGUCAGCCCUGCCGCAGCCAGGGGGAGUGCUGGAGCCCCGCCCACAACCAAGUGUCGCCCAGAGAGCAGCUGCACUGACGUCACCUUCUCCUUCAACAAGGACGUCAUGGCAAAGGUCAGUCAGGUCACAAGGCCAUCACGCUGCACUGGGCAGCAAACGUUUGAUACCUUCAUGUGAUAGUUGCUCAUGUGGCGCGUCCACAGGGUGUGACGGGGGAGCGGGUUUGCCGAGAGCUCAGGACCCCAUGAGUUGUCCAGAACCUAUCGUCGGACUCUUCCAUCUGGACCUGCAGCCCUCGCUCAGCACCAGCAACCAGAUCCAUGUUGUCAUCACCUCCUGGGCCCUGGCUGGUCUCUGUGGUGAUGGACGUCUGGGUGUGGUCGGUUGCCUCCAUGUUGUGAUGGAGCUCGAGAAGACGGAGGAAGCCGAGCGUCCACUCUGUGGUCAGCACCCAGGAAAACAACGCCCACCAAACCACCAUCAGCUCCUCCUCCUACUCCAUCAUCAGCAUCUCCUACUGCUCCAUCAUCAGCAUCUCCUACUGCUCCAUCAUCAGCACCUCCUCCUGCUCCAUCAUCAGCACCUCCUCCUGCUCCAUCAUCAGCACCUCCACCUGCUCCAUCAUCAGCAUCUCCUACUGCUCCAUCAUCAGCACCUCCUCCUGCUCCAUCAUCAGCACCUCCUCCUGCUCCAUCAUCCGCACCUCCUCCUGCUCCAUCAUCAGCACCUCCUCCUGCUCCAUCCUCAGCACCUCCACAAGGACCAGAACUCUGUCCACUAUGUGGUCAGCACCCAGGAAAACAACGCCCACCAAACCACCAUCAGCUCCUCCUCCUGCUCCAUCAUCAGCACCUCCUCCUGCUCCAUCAUCAGCAUCUACUACUGCUCCAUCAUCAGCACCUCCUCCUGCUCCAUCAUCAGCACCUCCUCCUGCUCCAUCAUCAGCACCUCCUCCUGCUCCAUCAUCAGCACCUCCUCCUGCUCCAUUAUCAGCACCUCCUCCUGCUCCAUCAUCAGCACCUCCUCCUGCUCCAUCAUCCGCACCUCCUCCUGCUCCAUCAUCCGCACCUCCUCCUGCUCCAUCAUCAGCACCUCCUCCUGCUCCAUCAUCAGCACCUCCUCCUGCUCCAUCAUCAGCACCUCCACCUGCUCCAUCAUCAGCAUCUCCUACUGCUCCAUCAUCAGCACCUCCUCCUGCUCCAUUAUCAGCACCUCCUCCUGCUCCAUCAUCCGCACCUCCUCCUGCUCCAUCAUCAGCACCUCCUCCUGCUCCAUCCUCAGCACCUCCACAAGGACCAGAACUCUGUCCACUAUGUGGUCAGCACCCAGGAAAACAACGCCCACCAAACCACCAUCAGCUCCUCCUCCUGCUCCAUCAUCAGCACCUCCUCCUGCUCCAUCAUCAGCAUCUCCUCCUGCUCCAUCAUCAGCACCUCCUCCUGCUCCAUCAUCCGCAUAUCCUCCUGCUCCAUCAUCAGCACCUCCACAAGGACCAGAACUCUUUCCACUAUGUGGUCAGCACCCAGGAAAACAACGCCCACCAAACCACCAUCAGCUCCUCCUCCUACUCCAUCAUCAGCAUCUCCUACUGCUCCAUCAUCAGCAUCUCCUACUGCUCCAUCAUCAGCACCUCCUCCUGCUCCAUCAUCAGCACCUCCUCCUGCUCCAUCAUCAGCACCUCCUCCUGCUCCAUCAUCCGCACCUCCUCCUGCUCCAUCAUCAGCACCUCCUCCUGCUCCAUCAUCAGCACCUCCUCCUGCUCCAUCAUCAGCACCUCCACCUGCUCCAUCAUCAGCAUCUCCUACUGCUCCAUCAUCAGCACCUCCUCCUGCUCCAUUAUCAGCACCUCCUCCUGCUCCAUCAUCCGCACCUCCUCCUGCUCCAUCAUCAGCACCUCCUCCUGCUCCAUCCUCAGCACCUCCACAAGGACCAGAACUCUGUCCACUAUGUGGUCAGCACCCAGGAAAACAACGCCCACCAAACCACCAUCAGCUCCUCCUCCUGCUCCAUCAUCAGCACCUCCUCCUGCUCCAUCAUCAGCAUCUCCUCCUGCUCCAUCAUCAGCACCUCCUCCUGCUCCAUCAUCAGCAUCUCCUCCUGCUCCAUCAUCAGCACCUCCUCCUGCUCCAUCAUCAGCACCUCCUCCUGCUCCAUCAUCCACACCUCCUCCUUUUCCACCAUCAGCACCUCCACAAGGACCAGAACUCCGUCCACUAUGUGGUCAGCACCUAGUAAAACAACGCCCACCAAACCACCAUCAGCUCCUCCUCCUGCUCCAUCAUCCGCACCUCGUACUGCUCCAUCAUCAGCACCUCCUCCUGCUCCAUCAUCAGCACCUCCUCCUGCUCCAUUAUCAGCACCUCCACCUGCUCCAUCAUCAGCAUCUCCUACUGCUCCAUCAUCAGCACCUCCUCCUGCUCCAUCAUCAGCACCUCCUCCUGCUCCAUUAUCAGCACCUCCUCCUGCUCCAUCAUCCGCACCUCCUCCUGCUCCAUCAUCCGCACCUCCUCCUGCUCCAUCCUCAGCACCUCCACAAGGACCAGAACUCCGUCAACGCCAAGUUCAGGAAGUCAGACACCGGGAGCCAAUCAGGCAUGGCGAGGUGGACAAGAGGCUGCAGAAAGGACGGUUCCCCGGGGCACCACCAGUGUACUUACUGGUAGAUUGGGAGGAAUGCCCCCCCCACUCUUCCAACAGGCUCAAAACUCGGGUCGUACAAACAGGCAGCUGCAGUCACAGAGCGUCAGCGGGGCGGAGCUUAUCGUAUAACUAACCAAUCAGACACUUGAAGACAAAUUAUUCAUGGUGAAUGUUUUGUAUUAUUGUGUGUAAAUAAUUUUGUACUAAUCAUUAUGUAUAUUUGAUUAAUUAACUUAAUCGUCAAGAGCCUUCAGAUAUUUCCUUUAUUAUCAGUUCCGAGUUGGCAGCUUUGUAAACUGAAGACUUUGAUAUUUCUAUUUUCAUAAACACCCUAAGUGUUCUUUGAAGAAUAGUUUAUUUUCAUCCGUUUGGGAUUUAUACAUUUGUCUGUUUGAUAGCGUGUACUUGGUAUGUUUCCAGGGUCGUGUGUUGUAUUGUACAUGUGUCCCUGGAGGCGGGGCUACAAGUGCAUGGUCUCUGUUUACUAAGACUUUGCUUUUGCUACUGAAAGAAUCACGUUCUUUGUAAUAAUUUAUAUUGUUUGACGAGUGUAAAAUAUAAGAACAGGCUUUGAAUCCUGUUUCCAUGCGUCUGUAAUAACAGAAUCAAACCUGUGACUGAAGUGCUGCAGAGCCGUCAUGUGACAUGCUUCCUGCUGUUGAUUGGAAGUUACACGGCUGGGAAACCAUCUUGGAUUUUAGUCGCCAGCUCCUUCAUCUUUUAACUUCAGUUUCUUUUGGACCUUGGAAAAUUAAAGUCUUUGUGAUGUU